AUGACUACUAGGAAUCCUCAGGGGCCCCAUGGGAGUACGAGUUUGCCACAAGGGGCCCUACCACAGCCAAGGGCCCGAUGGGACUACCAGGGUUCCCCAGGUAUCCCAACAGACAAACAGGGGUCCCUCAGAGGCCCCGUGGGAUUACCAGAGGUCCCUGAGGGGGCCCAUAGGACUACCAGGGGGCCCCCCAGGGGACCUACCAGGGCCAGAAGCACCAUGGGACUACCGGAAAGCCUUCCAGGGCCAGGGGCACCAUGGGAAUACCAGGGGACCCCCAUAGAGCCUACCAGACCCAAGGGCCUCAUGAGACUACCAGGGAGCCCACCAGGGGCCCUCCCAAGGCAAAUUGCCUCACGGGACUACCAGGGGUCCUCCAGAGUCCUCAUGGGACUACCUGGGAUCCCCCAGGGGCCCCAUGGGACAACCAGGGGUACCCCAAGGGUUCCAUGGGAGUACAAGAGUUCCCCCAGGGGUCUCUUGGGAUUAUCAAGGCCAAGGACACCAUGGGACUAA